AUGAGUGUAUGUAAUUGGAUAUGUUUGGCUAUGAAUGGAGUGGUUGUUCUGGGUUGGCAGCGACAUCUACACACGCACUGUGUACGAAGAUCUGAAACAGCAGCACAUACUAGCAUGGACUUCGAGACUAACGAGGAUAUAAACGGGAUUAGGUUUUCUUGGAACGUGUUUCCGAACGACAAGAUCGAUUCUGCCAAGAACGUGGUUCCUUUGGGGUGCAUGUACACUCCUUUGAAAGAGUUCGACAAUGACAACGAGGACGCGGUGGUCAUUGAUGCGGACGGCACCGUCAUGAACAAGAAGAUUUUGAACUAUAAUCCGGUUUACUGUACGCAGCCACAGUGUAAGGCCAUCUUGAAUCCAUACUGUAUCAUAGAUCCGAGAAACAACUCGUGGAUCUGUCCUAUUUGUAGCUCGAGAAACCAUUUGCCAUCGCAAUACUCGAACAUGAGCCAAGAAAACAUGCCCAUUGAGUUGCAAUACACCAGCGUCGAAUACAUCACUAAUAAACCAAUUCAAAUUCCGCCGAUUUUUUUCUUAGUGGUUGACAUCACUACUGAAGAUGAGAAUCUUGAUGCAUUGAAGGAAUACUUGAUCUCGUCGUUGUCAUUGAUGCCUCCUAAUGCAUUGAUUGGAUUGAUCACUUACGGUACCGUCAUCAGAUUGCAUGACUUAUCGUGUACUACCAUUGACAGAUGUAACGUCUUCAAAGGUGACAGAGAAUAUAAGUUAGAAAACUUAAUUGAAAUGUUAACUGGUCAAAAACCAACAAAUUUGAACACUGCGAACAACAGCAGUAAUGUCAACUCUCAAAAUCAAGCAAAUCCGGUUCAAAUAUCUCCUUUCUCACUGAAUAGAUUCUUCUUGCCAUUGGAACAAAUUGAAUUCAAAUUGACACAAUUUUUUGAAAACUUGACUCAUGAUCAAUGGGCAGUCCCAACUGGCCAUAGACCAUUAAGAGCCACCGGACAAGCUUUGAACAUAGCUUCCUUGGUAUUACAAGGUUGUUACAGACAUUCUGCCGCUAGGAUUAUUUUGUUUUCUUCUGGUCCAUGUACACUUGGUCCAGGUUUAAUUGUUUCAUCUGAAUUGAAGGAUCCUUUGAGAUCUCAUCAUGAUAUCGAUUCCGACCGUGCUUCUCAUUAUAAGAAAGCAACAAACUUUUAUAAUCAAAUUGCAGACAGAGUAGCAGAUAAUGAUCACACUGUUGAUAUUUUUGCCGGUUCGUACGAUCAAAUCGGUAUGUCAGAAAUGAAAAAAUUAACAGACAAAACUGGUGGUAUUUUGUUAUUAACUGAUGCUUUCAUGACAUCAAUCUUUAAGCAAUCUUACUUAAGAAUGUUUGCUAAGGAUGAUGAAGGUUAUUUAAGAAUGGCUUUUAACGGUAAAUUAACUGUUAAGACCUCAAAAGAUUUGAAAAUUCAAGGUUUAAUUGGUCACGCUUCAACUGCUAAGAAAAAUGAAUCAGCUAAUAUUAGUGAUUCAAAGAUCGGUCUAUCUGGAACUAAUACUUGGAAAAUGUCUACCUUAUCUCCAAAACAUUCGUAUGCGAUCUAUUUUGAGAUUGCUCAAUCUAACAAGAAGAAAAGCGGAGAUGCUACUGCUAAUCAAAUGAACCAAAUGAAUCAACAACAACCAACGUUAGCUUACACUCAGUUCAUCACUACUUAUCAACAUUCUUCAGGUACAAACCGUAUCAGAGUCACUACUGUUGCUAACCAAUUACUUCCAUUAGGUUCUCCUGGCAUUAUUGCCUCUUUCGAUCAAGAAGCUGCAGCUGUAUUGAUUGCUAGAAUGGCUGUCGAUAAGGCAGAAAAUGAUUCUAAGACUGAUAUCAUUAGAUGGAUUGAUAAUUCAUUAAUUAAAUUGGCCCAAAGAUAUGCAAACUACAAUAAAGAUGAUCCAAUGUCUUUCAGAUUAUCACCAAAUUUUUCAUUGUAUCCACAAUUUAUGUACUACUUAAGAAGAUCUCAAUUUUUAAGUGUAUUUAACAAUUCUCCGGAUGAAACUGCAUUUUAUAGACACAUAUUCAUUAGAGAAGACACUACAAACUCUUUGAUUAUGAUUCAACCAACUUUAACAUCAUUCUCAAUGGAAGAAGAGCCUCGACCUGUUUUAUUAGAUUCUGUUUCUGUAAAACCAAAUACCAUAUUGUUGCUGGACACUUUCUUUUACAUUCUGGUGUAUCAUGGUGAACAAAUUGCACAAUGGAGAAAAGCAGGCUAUCAAGAUGAUCCACAGUAUGCUGAUUUCAAAGGUCUUUUGGAAGAACCAAAAUUGGAAGCUGCUGAAUUAUUAGUAGACAGAUUCCCGUUGCCAAGAUUUAUCGAUACAGAAGCUGGCGGAUCCCAAGCCAGAUUCUUGUUAUCCAAAUUGAAUCCUUCUGAUAGCUAUCAAGAUGUGACACACGGUGGUGCCACUGUUGUCUUAACAGAUGAUGUAUCCUUACAAAACUUCAUGAGCCAUUUGCAAUCAGUUGCUGUAACAAGCAAAAAAUAA